GUCGUUCGGAAAGUGAAGGAGGAGGGCUCUCUGGAGGCCAGGACUUUGCUGGACGGGCAUCCAGCGACAGGCCCUCUCAUGGGCUUGCUGCUCGAGGAGCUGCGUCGUUCGGCGUUCGUGGAAGUCGACCCCGGCACCCAGGACUUUCUGCGUCGGUUGUGGUCGGGUCUGCUCAACAGCAAGCUCGUCGAGGACGGGAACAAGGUCCAGCGAGAGGCGGAGCAGCGAAACGGCUCAAACAAGACGUUAGGUCGGGUCGAAGGCUGGCACGGCCUCUCACGAGCGAAGCUGCUCAAGUCGUACGGGCGGUCGGAGGUGCCGACCGUGGGCAUGGCGGAGCUUCCAGGGUCAUUCGCGGCAGAGGACUGGUUUGUUCGCCAAAAAAGGGUCCGGCACGAGGACAGCCAGUCGUCCACCGGAACGGCCGUUUCGUCCUCGCGGCUCAGCAGGGCGACCGAGGAAGAGGACAUCCUCGCGGGCCGAGCUGCUUUGGUGUGGCCAGCGACGUUGGAGCCGCUCGGCGACGGCAGCGAGAGGCUCGUCCUGCAGCCCGGCGUGUCGUCGCUCUGCUGGGUGCACACCUUCGACGAGAAUGUGGUCGUGCUGGACCUAGCGGCCACCUCGCCCCUGCGUUGCCAGUCUCUCGGCGAGAAGCGGGGCCUCGGAGUGGUCUUUCGAGUUCUGGCCAAACGACCCUUGCUGCAGCACCACGAGCACUACGGGUUUCCUGGCGUGUCCGAGGCCUCUCUGAGGAAGCUCGGAACGAGCAAAGGCUGGCUUGACGAGGCUACGGACACCGGGCACGACGAGGACGACCGACUGACGAUCGCCUGCCUCUUGUCGCUGGACCCGACCUUGACCAAGGAGGAGGUCACGGCUCGCUUGCUCAGCCGGAACGAGGCAUCGGUGUGGGGCGAAGGGGCUGGCGUGGACUUGGAAGACGUCGUGCGAGACACGAUGCUCGCGGCCGACCAAGACCAGGCCUUGAGGCAGCUCGCGGCAAGGAGGGCAACUCAGCAGUCUGCCGUGGACGUUCGGAAGCGUAGCAGCAAGACUUACGACCACGUCUGCAAAGGUCUUGCCUCCCGCCCGGCCUUCAAAGCAGGCCAGGCCGCCCGGAAAAAAAAGGAGAAGGCGGCCGAGAAGCAAGCCAAAGACAAGGCGGCCGCCAUCGCCAGACACUACGACGACGUCGACGAGAACGUCGACCUGGUGGUGAGGACGAGCCAGCCGUUCGCCGUUCGGGUCUACAGGGACGACCGGAACGGACGAUGGAAGCUGUCGUACUCGUCUUUCUGGGCCCAGGCUUCUCGCAGCGUUUCCUGGACGGCAGUGGGCAGCAAGCUGGCCGGGGCAGAGGCCGUUCGCCAAGGCUGGAAGUGGGCCGAGGUCUUCGAAGGCCUGGAAAUUUCGCCGGAGGCCAAGCGGAUCCUGAACAAGCUGGAGGCCUGA